GGCAACCAACACACACGAUACGCGCGCGCCCUCGAGUGAAAGAAUCAAUGGAGGUCAUUCAUUGCAUUUUUGUGCAUUUCAUACGACCGAUAACAAAUAGUUGAAUCGAAAAGUUACAGUUGUGAGUGAAAGUUUAAUUAGGACUAUUGUAAUGUGUGUUUCUGAUGAGACAAAAUGUAGUAAAGUGUCCUUUCUAAAAAAACAAUCAUAUUGCCGUGUGUCAAAAUAAAGGUGGUCAGCAAGCGCGGAGUAUUUUCUAAAAACGUAACCAUGGCAGAUCAGUUUUGUUUACGUUGGAACAAUUUCCAGACCAAUAUAGUGAGUGCAUUGGACUCAUUGAAGUGUUCUGAGGAUUUGGUCGACGUGACACUUACAUGUGAAGGAAGAAAUAUCAAGGCUCAUAAAGUUAUACUGUCAGCCUGCAGUCCGUACUUCAGGAAUGUGUUCAAGGAAAAUCCAUGUCAGCAUCCUGUGAUCAUUCUCAAAGAUGUAUCUGCCGAUGACAUCGUCAGCUUGCUCUCAUACAUGUACCAGGGAGAAGUGUUCAUAGAAGAGAGCAAGUUGUCUUCAUUCCUCCAUACGGCAGCCCUGCUGCAAGUUAAAGGAUUGACUGGAGUAACACAACAGAAAGAAAACUUUAUAUCUCCAAAUACAUCAAACAAACUUUAUACACAACUAACAAUAUCUUCAAAAACACCAUUUGGAGCUUCAAGCAAAGAAGUAAAAAUCCCCGCUCUAAAGAAAAGGAGGAGCAGUACAUCUGAUAAACCGAAUGAUAUUGGAGAGAGUCACAAAAAGAGUAAAUUAUUAGAAACUUGUGAUAUUUACAAUAAGAGUAAUCUAUCACAUUUAAUGGUAGAUAAUCCGGUUUUUGUAGCUGAGAAAAAAGUUGAGAAGAAACCUGAAAACUGUCCAGAACCCAUCAUGGCUAAUGGGAAAACCUCUAAACUGAAUCAGGCUCAAGGUGACAACAUUCCUUUAUCAAUAAAAACAGAGCAGAUUGAUGACAACAAUUCACCCAUCUCGGUGCCCACAAAUAACUCGGAAAAUGAUGACAGUCUUCCAGAUUACGAAAACAGUAUGCUUGCCAGGUCCUUGUUACAAGGAAUUAACCCAUCUAAAAGUGAUAUCAGUGCCAACAAUAAUACAACAACCAAGAAAGUGUCAAACAUAGCAGAUAUGUGUGUGUCGCGAAGUAAGGACGCAAAUAAUGAAUCUCCAACAACCAAUCCUGCAGCAAAGAGCCCUCUAAAAGUAGUGUCUGGAGAGGACUUUUUAGUGAAACCUGAAAAACAAUCACCGAAGUCAGAUAUUGAGUAUGAACCGGAAAUAUUGCUCUCGGAGCAGCAAGACAGUACAGAUGCAGAAAACACAUUCUCACAGGAACAAUCUCAAGCGUUACUAUUACUGGCAGGCAUGUCAAGUGUCACCGGAUUAUCAGUAGGUGCUUCAACUUCACAGGGAGUCUCCCACCAGUCAAACCAUGCCGCUAUCUGCGGUGACUGUCCACAUUGCGGCAUGAAGUAUUCUAACCAAUCUGCGCUAAAAUACCAUGUCAGACUUAUGCACUCUGACUUAACCAAUCGUCUUUGCUGUUAUCUUUGCCCCAGGUCUUUUACAAUGCGAGAGACGUUUAAAGAGCACAUGUGGUCCAGCCAUGGACAAAGAAAUUAAAUUUUACUAAUGCAAGUUAAUAAAGGAUAAAGUACACUACAAAAUGUUUAUGCUAAAUCGUAAUCUACGUUAUGUAGAGAAUGUCUUAUUUAAGAUUUUAGAUUUAAUUCCAAACGAUAUUUAAAUAUGUAAUGUCAGUGAGUUAUUUAUGGUGGUUACUAAGGAUUCAAUUGUGCCUUAAAGUUAUGUAGUUGUAUUCAGAGUUUAGUAAAAUAAACGUGCCUUUUAAAAAAGAAAUUUGCCGUCCUACAUUUAUCGGAAGACACUUUAUGUUAGCGUAAGCAAUUUUACAUAACAUUUGGCGAAAAAUUGGGAUAAUCCGAUACCUUUAAUUGAAAUUUAUCAUUUAUUAGCCUUUUAAAUGUUUAGACUAAGACAGAUUUAUUGUUAUAUUGUUUUUAAUUUAUGGAAACAGUCACUUUAUUUCAUUAUUUCUAACUAGAUUUUUUCAGUUUUAGCUUAAACUGAAUGUUGGGAGUAACUUUAGAAACAAAAUGUGAGGUGUAAAUAACAAAACAAUGAAAAUUUUCUGGUUUGUAAUUGGUGCUAA